AUGGCCUCGGUAUCUUGGCAGAGCAUUGUCGCAGAAAAGAAAGCCAGCAUUGAGAAUUCAAUUCCAAAUGAUUGGAAGAUCAAAAAUGCUCCCUCGGAGGACAACUUGAUGGAUUUCCCCGAGCGAUGUGGCAUUCUCUCACCUUUUGAUUUGGAGGUCACAAGUCUAUCGGCGACAGAACUUGUUGGCAGAUUAGCUACCGGCAAUCUCAAAGCAGUGGAUUUGACCCUUUCGUUUUGCAAAAGAGCUGCCGUUGCACAGCAGCUGCUCAAUUGUGUGCAUCUCUUUUUCCCAGAGGCAGCACUUGUACAGGCCAGGCAACUGGAUGAAUAUUAUGCACGCCACAACAAAACCGUCGGGCCAUUGCAUGGUUUGCCGAUUUCACUAAAGGAUCAAUUGCGGGUCAAGGGUACUGAAACCUCAAUGGGCUAUGUUGCCUGGGUUGGAAAGCGCGACGAGACUGACUCGGUUCUCGUUAAACUUUUGCGGCAAGCUGGAGCAAUCUUCUAUGUGAAAACCAGCGUACCUCAGACAUUGAUGGUUUGCGAAACUGUCAAUAACAUUAUCGGGCGAACUGUGAAUCCGCGGAACAAGAAUUGGUCUUGUGGCGGUAGUUCUGGGGGUGAGGGCGCCAUGGUUGGAAUUCGUGGAUCUGUGAUGGGCGUUGGAACCGACAUUGGUGGCUCUAUCAGGAUUCCUGCAGCUUUUAAUUCCCUUUUUGGAAUUCGUCCGAGCCACGGUCGUCUACCGUAUGCUGGUAUGGCGAAUAGCAUGGAAGGUCAGGAAACAGUGCAUAGUGUUGUCGGACCAAUAGCACAUUCCAUUCCUGAUCUCAAACUCUUCAUAAAGUCGGUGCUCGAAGAAGAACCGUGGAAGUUUGACUCCAAGGUCAUUCCAUUGCCUUGGCGACAGAAUGAAGAAGAAGUGAUCAAAUCUAAGAUCACCCACGGAGGUUUGAACAUAGCUACCUACCAUCACGAUAGCGUUGUACUUCCUCAUCCUCCAAUUCUGCGAGGAAUCGAUAUUGUUCGUUCGACACUUGAGAAAAACGGUCAUAAUGUGUUCUCCUGGGCUCCUCAUGAACACGAGCUUGGCGUCAAGCUAAUUAAUAAAAUCUACGCUGCAGAUGGUUGCACAGAUGUAUACAAAAACAUCAAUGCUUCUGGUGAGCCUGCAAUCCCCAACAUCAAAGAUCUGUUGAAUCCCGACCUUCCCAAGGCGGAUGUGAACGAAAUUUGGGAUGUACAAUUACAAAAAUGGCAUUACCAAUGUGCCUAUCUUGAUAAAUGGCGUGAAUUGGAAGAGAAGAUGGGACGGGAAAUCGACGCGAUCAUUGGGCCAAUUUCUCCAACGGCAGCUAUACGUCAUGACCAGUUUCGAUAUUAUGGAUAUGCAUCCAUUUUCAAUUUGCUUGACUUUUCCAGCGUUGUCAUCCCUGUCACGUUCGCUGACAAAGAGAAAGACCUCAAAAACUCGAAUUUCCAGCCUAUGGGAAAGAUUGAUGCUGAGGUUCAAGCUGAGUAUGACCCGGAAGCUUACCACGGUGCUCCCGUAGCGGUGCAAGUCGUUGGACGACGCUUGAGCGAGGAACGCGUUCUGGCUAUUGCGGAGGAGAUAAGUCGGCUUCUGUGA